AUGUUCCAAUUACUUCCUCUAAUAGCUACCAUUCUUACCCUAACCUCGACUGUCGCAUCCACCGGCCUACUAGUACCACUAUACGCCUGGCCCGGCACAGACGCAUGGAAUACAAUCUACGACACAAUUGCAGCUCAUCCAUCAAUCCCAUUCUACCUGAUCAUCAACCCAUCCACAGGUCCCGGUACCACAGAAUAUCCAGAAGAUGUCUUCAUCACCGCCAUCGCCAAGCUAAACAGCUAUUCCAACACGGAGGUCCUGGGCUACACAUACACAAAACAAGGCACGCGAGCUAGCUCCGAAGUCGAGCAUGACAUCGCUACCUACGCCAAUUGGGCCUCGUACACCAUGCAGGAUAUCCGUCUCUCCGGUAUUUUCUUCGACGAGGCACCGAACGGUGAAGAUCAGAGCAAGCUAGCUUAUUUCCAGAGUCUGUCUCGGAAAUCUAAGAAUAGCAGCUUGAAUACCGUCGUCUUUAACCCUGGUGUCAAACUCAAGGCUGAUGUUGCAGAGUGGUUUGAGGCGGCGGAGUUUAUUGUCGAGUAUGAGAAUACUUAUGCUAGUUGGGUCGCUCGGACUCCCGUUGAGCACUUCUUGACGCCUGAGCAGUAUGGGAAGGAUGCUGUUAUCUUGAAUAAGACGCCUGAGGAUGCUGGAAUCGAUGAUGUUGUUCGUUUGGCGAAGGAUAUGGGGCUCGGUGCUAUUUAUUUGGCUUCGGAUGAUAAUUAUAUGAGUCUCGCUACUGUGCCUAAGGUUGCUGUUGCUGUUGCGCAAAGCCGGGGUGCUAGGCGCAGGGGUUUUAAUGGAUACUAG